CAGUCGACUGCGCUCCGGCGGGCCCGCACUGUCAGCGCCCACAAAUUUCUCAGCUUUAUCGACCAGUCGGCGGCGCUGUUGCAACCGGCAACCGCCGUCGUUCGCCUCACCCCGCCGCCCCCGCCCACACCGUACCGUCACUACCCGGCACAUUCUUUCCCUUUUUUAUUUUUUUUCUUCCAUCCAUAUUCUCCUUCUGUUCGUUCUCUCUCGCUCUGUCUCCGUCUCACGUGUACACCGUUCAUACCGGGCACCGCAGCCGUUUUCGUCCCUUUUUGCAGAACUACGACGACGCGGGCAACAGGUUAAAACGUGCACGAUACGCCGGCUUUUUGUAUGAUAUCGAGGCGUCUAGUUACGGAAGCGUUCAGGAAGAUGUCGGUUUUCUCCGGUGCCGUGGACAGACACAAAGGCGUGGUGAUCAAAUCGACGACGGACACCGUCGGCGACGACCCAAUGGAAUUCCGUUCGAAACUCGAGAGGUCUCUAAUUAAAUGGUCGGAGGACGAACAGGUGCACUUAGCGUGGUUCCGGGUGGAUCGCCGGCAUGCGCAUUGGAUCCCCGAAUUGGCCCGGAACGAUUUCCGAUUUCAUCGAACUUCGCCGGAUGGGAACGAGCUUUGGAUGUACAAAAGGCUGAAAGCAAACGGGAUCGAAGGCGUUGGAGUAUGUGCCCCACACACUUACACGGGUGCCGGAGGAUUAGUGCUUCGCAACGACAGUCUGCUAGUAGUCAAAGACCACGGUUUGCCUCUGUGGAAAUUACCGGGCGGCUACAUAGAACCUGGGGAAAACAUUGGCGACGCGGCCGUCAGAGAAGUUUUGGAGGAGACCGGCGUUCAAUGCGAAUUUAACUCUUUGGUAGCGUUCAGGCAUGUCCAAAGCGGUAGUUUCGACUGUGCCGACUUGUAUUUUGUCGCCGCCCUGCGACCGUUGACCGACCAAAUAAUCAUCGACGACCGUGAGAUAACCGAAGCAAAAUGGAUGAAGUGCGAGGAUUUCUUGCAAGACCCCGAAGUCGGGGAACACAGUCGUUUGUUUUUGAGAACAUACUUGGAAAACAAGGAAACCGGAGUGGGACUCCAGCACAAGUCCAUGGUGCAUCAGUUGACCAAAAAAGAAUUUGUUACGUACACACCGACCAUUAAAUGAUAGCUGUAAUUCAGUCAAACGCUAUAAAUGUAGUAGAUACGUAUUUUUAUAAAAUGUACAUUUUAUACUUUCUAAACGGUUCAAUAGGGGAUAAUUGUUCAAAUUGUUUUAAAAAUAAAAUGUUGUUUUAUAUUAUUCA